AUGAUGUCACGCCAUGGGUGCUUUGGAUCACUGCCCAUGGUUUGCCCUUUCCACGCGCAGUGUCAACUCGCGUGGGUUCAGUGCAGGCAGCUUCUCUGCGACAUGGGCCAACGUGCUCCGCCAUUCUUGGUGAUUGGCGCGGGCACGUGGCGCUCAUACGCGGAUCCGGGCAUGGCCAUCUCAUUGGUGGAACAAGAUGUUCUUCCCGGGACCAAUGGGAAAAGAUCUGUCGGCAACGGAAAGCGCCUCGACUCGGUGGCUCGAAGCGUCUGGGGUUUGAUGGCGCAGGCUCUAAGCGCAUCCAUAUCCUCGUGA